AUGUCAUUCCGCUGGUUGGCCCACAUUCGGCCUCCCCUCCGGAGGGUGCCUCCCGGCGGCAUGCUGCUCCAGGGUGGUAUCGGGCCCCUGAGCUCUUAUGCCGCUAUUUCCCGGCAGCAGGAGGUGAUUGGUGUCGAACAGAGGAGGCCAUAUUCCAACACGAGUGAAGGAUGGGCAUUCAAGAAGGUCCAAUACACCAAGUACCGCAUAGCGAAGCCGUGGACAUCAGACACCCAGUUCGACGACCUCCUCCUCGCCGAGCCAUCAAGAGAAGAGCUGGCAAAGUUUACAAAGGAGGCCCCACUUUUCCUUCGUUUCCUGAAGCUUAUUACAGACAUUGAGAACCGGCCUCGUGCCUUCAUUGAGUUCGCGAAACGAUGCGAGAAUGGACUGGUUGUUGAAAAGGAUGCCUUUAUAACAAAAGACGAGUUAAUGAAGUGCAUUUGGGAAAACGGCUUCUCGCAGAACGAGAUGAAUGCUUUUGAAUUCGCGUUCCCCGCGGACUACAAGUUCCACUAUCCUGAACUGGCAGUGCUAUUUGACUUACCGGAGGAGGAGUGCUAUAAGUACUGCAUCCGUCAGAGGGCAAAAGCGCCAGAGAAGCUAGUGGAGAUCAAAUAUGAGAAGCCCAAGAACUUCCUUUCAAGCUACGGACUGUGCUUCCUUGGUGUGUGGUUCGGCUUCUCCAACCAAGUACUAAGCAAUGCAUGGUUCUAUUCAAAGACCUUCCCUUUCGGAGCGGUCUUCUACAUGCUGGCAUCCUACUUUUAUCGGAAUAUUCGCGAAUAUCUGUGGAAGGAGGAGAAGGCGCUUGUACAGGGAGCCAAAGAACGCAAAGAUGCAGGCGAAGAGUUGGUAUACCGACAGAUGAAGAAGUACGCAAGUGACGCCCGUUGCCUUGACUACCUUUCUGCUUUCAAAGGUGAGGUCCAGCAACAGCUGGCUGAAUAUCACGCGGCUGUGCUAGAGCAAAUGAGGCAACGAAUGGUCGAACGGAUGACGAACAAGCUGAUGGCGAUUCAGCAGGCAGAAAAAGCGAUUGAGGGAUCUCUUCAAGAGGUUAUUGUGCGAGAGAUAGUUUAUUCGUUCCAAAGGCAAUUCGCGAAGGAUCCGAAGCUGCAGGAGGCAGCUCUCAAAGCUGCAAUUCAGAGCAUUGCGGGCAAUGCGACUUCAAUGGAUCCGGUAGGGGCUCAUUUUAUCGCAUCUCUGAAAGAGUUGGAAAAUGCGGAUUUGGCAAAGACUACACCAAAGGAAGAUGGGACUGUACUCGAACGAGUGACUGCCGUUUUCCAACGUCGGGAACAAGAGUUCCUCGAGUCAUUUACGGUCAGCCCUGCAGAAGCGAAUGAAGUUAAACAAAUAGUGCAAAAGUGCAAGAAUGGUGACGAGUAUGAUUUUUCUAAGCUCUCUGAGGAGGAAGCAACAAGACUAGAUGCCCUCCAAGAUAUGAUUCUUAAUCGCGUUGGAUAUGCAACUGUGACGGAAGCGGAUAUCAAGCCUCUUGAGGCUGUGGGUGCAUCCGGUGUCCCCCUUGUCGAGCACGUUAACAACCAGCUAGCACUAGCGAAGGCGAAGAUCCGAGCUGCUCGUUUGACAUCGUUUGCAAGGUCGUUCGCUUGA